CACGCGCUGUAUGAUGGACUCCCACCGACUGGCACAGGCGCAGGCGCAGGCGCUGAGGGGCUUGCCUUACUGGUAGGUGGGAAAGAGUGACUUCUGUUUAGGCGUAAAGCAACGAAAAACACUGAGAAAAUGUCGAGGGGCACUGUGGCAAAGGACAAUCGGGUGCACAGUGGAUACCUCAGGAAUGAAUACUUUGCAUGGGAAGGGACUGGAGACUGAAAGGCCAUGAAGGAAUUUUUCCGCUAAUUGAGGAAACCAAAGGUACCAGUCUUCACUCGGUGAAGCGGAGUGGAAAAAACAAAACACACGCACACGAGAAGAACCACCAACAGACAAUGAAACCAAACGCGUAAAAGACAGAAAUUGAGCGGCGAAAGAAGAGGCCGAAAGGCUGUUCGUUCAUUGACGAGUUGAGUAAUCUCUAGUAAAAGCCCGGAGACAAUGCAUUUAAAACUUGGGACACAAGUGUCAGGACCUGAGGUAUUCAGCAUUAGUCAGUCAACAUGUCCCUGCUGUGUGUGUGGAGUGCUCUUCUAAAUUCUGUGGGGUGUGAUGAUGGCAGUAUUUCCUGGAGAAGCAUGCUGUAUAAAGGAGAACUGGAAUAAACACAAGUGUGACAGAACUGCAACUAAGUGAUUGGAAGAAUAUGGGUUUUGCCACAAGAGGACGGUUCUACCUACCACUGGGCUGCAUGAUGCUGAUCAAUCUGAUUAAUGCUGACUUUGAAUUUCAAAAGGGGGUGCUUGCCAGUAUCAGCCCAGGCAUCACAGAAGAUAUUGAUUUCCAAUGCUGGAAUUCUUGCUCUUUGACAUUGAUAGAUCUCAAGGAACUCAAGAUACAGCACAAUGUGGACGCUUUCUGGAAUUUCAUGUUGUUUUUGCAAAAAUCCCAGCGGCCUAGACAUUAUAAUGUCUUCUUAAGCAUAGCUCAGGAUUUUUGGGACAUGUAUAUAGACUGCUUGCUCUCACGAUCUCAUGGAAUGGGCAGAAGACAGGUGAUGCCUCCCAAGUAUAAUUUUCCGCAGAACAGGAGGUAA